UGCUCACUCACUGUACGGAGACCACAGACAGCAAAUCACAAGGGCUCUGUUUUGAGGUCAUCGUUGUUCCCCCCCUCCUCUCUUCCUCGGUCAUGUCUUUCAACUCCACCACCUUCCUCACCACGCAGGGAUGGGAGGGAGCCGGGGUACCCUUGGACGGAAAAGGAGGUAAAGGCCUCAAGAAGCCACUGGCCAUCCCUCAGAAGAGAGGACUCAAGGGACUGGGAAAGGAGAGGGAUCGAGCCGUAGAGUGGUGGGACUGUCUCUUUGAGACAAGCGCAAAGACCCUCAAUAUCGGAACAGGCUCGAGCAGCAAGCUCAACUCACCCUCUGCUACAACAUCGGCAACAGCAUCAUCUUCAGCCUCUCCCGCCCCAUCCCCAGCUCCAUCACCCCUCCCACUGCCACCCGCAUCCCUCCCUCCCGGUCCUAGCCCACUAGCCUCCUCAUCGAGGAUGUCCAUGCAGAGUGCUGCGAAGCGCGAGUAUGCCCGCAGGGUACUAAUGAGCUCGUUCGUCAGGGGAAGACCGGAGCUUCACCCCAAGCCCAAGUCGGACGAAGAGAAGAAGGAAGCUCCAACAUCUCCAUCCAAGGCUGAUCAGGCUGCUGAGGGUAAGAAGAUCGAGGCUGUGGUCGACGAGUGCGGGAGAGCGAUUGCUCCUCCCAAGCCCAGCGAGGGGGACGAGGGGGAGCGGAUAGCCGAAUCUUCGUCCAAGAAGGAGCCGAGGCAGGGUAAAGAGAAGAGGGAAAGAAAAGACAGGAAGGACAAGUCAAAGUCUAGCUCGAAGAGCAGGAAAAAGGAUGAAGACGAGGAGAAGAGCAGAAAGCGCAAGAGGAAGAGCGAGAAGGAAGAGAGUCGCUCCACGUCUCAAGAAGGGGACGAGGUUGUCUCUAGCAAAAGAAAAAGGUCAGACGAUGAGCGGCAAGCUGCGAAGAGUGAGAAGAAGAAGGGCAAGAAGGAGCAGCAGGACAAGUCGUCGUCUAGCUCGAGAGAGCCUUCAGUACUCAGUGGGACGGAGAAGGAGAAGUUGAGCAAGGAGCAGCGCAAGCUAGAAAAGGCAGAGAAGAAGGCGAGGAAGGAGGCUCGGGCUGCCAAGAAGGCAAAGCGGGCAGCCGAGAAGGAUUCGGCAUCUUGAGACGUCUUGAGAGGGUUUCUUUGCCAAUCUGUACUUUUACAAUAUCAUUCAGGCAACGAAUAUACAAUUGCAUUUAUACAGGCAGCGUCAAGACGCUACCCCAG